AAGAGACAACUGCACUCUAGCAGGCAAUAGUGACAAACCAGGCAUAAGCAGGGAUAGCACCAUGGGGGGAGGAACUCGACCUCAGUUUGGAGAAUCCACCUUAGCUCUUGAUGAAGAGCUAUUGCAGGUGCUUGAUGCUGCUGAUGCAAUGAAACCUUCAACUGCUGUGCACACUGACAAUGUAGUUUCUAUUAUACCAUUGAGAGGCCAUUCAACAAUUUCAAAGAAUCAAAAUAUGGGUUUAAGAAGUAAUACCAUUAGCAAGAUGUGUGCUGCUCAACCAGAUACACAUGUAUCCACAAAAGGUGCCAACAUCUCAAGGAGUGUGUGCAGUAAUGCUGUUAAUCGCCAGAAGCCUGACUGGAGAGAUGACUGCAAAGACCUUGCCCAGCGUCUGCUUUUUAAUGAAGAUGGAGAGGAAUCUCCCCAGUCUACCUCAAGUUGCACUGUGGCAGAUAAAGAACAACCUGUGCAAACACUAGAUAUUAAUACUAUUACACAGAAUAAAUCUCCCAGAAGACAUCACUUACCUCAGAGUGCAGAUAAAGGCAAAAACGGAGAACACCUGAAUGCUUUCAGCAACUACAUAUUGUUUAGUCCUACACAAUUGGCGGAGGCUAGAAAACGGGCCAAACAGCAGCAGUCAUUACAGAAUCAGUCUGCAUCAGUGCUGACAGUUCCCACUGGAUUAGAUGCCACCACUCUUAAUAACACUUCAAUCCAACCAGGCACUGUUAUGUGUGCCCCUGAAGAGCAGGCCGAGAAGCUGUUUUUGUCCAGUUGGGGUUUACCUAAACCUGUUUUGGAUCGUUACCACAAACUUGGAGUCACUCACAUGUUUGAAUGGCAGGCUCAGUGUCUAGCAGUUGGCCGUGUUCUGCAUGGAGGAAACCUAGUUUACUCUGCUCCUACUAGUGCUGGAAAAACACUAGUGUCAGAACUACUCAUGUUAAAGCGAGUACUUGAGACAAAAAGAAAAGCCCUUUUUAUUUUGCCAUUUGUCUCUGUGGCCAAAGAAAAGAUGCAUUACCUUCAGAAUGUGUUUGAAGAAGCGGGUGUUCGUGUAGAGGGAUACAUGGGCAGCACGUCUGCUGCAGGCGGGUUUUCGUCUUUGGAUGUUGCUGUUUGUACAAUAGAAAAGGCGAAUUCUCUCAUCAACAGACUUAUUGAAGAAAAUAAUAUGGGGUUAUUGGGUAUGGUGGUGGUUGAUGAGUUGCACAUGGUUGGUGAUUCUGGAAGAGGGUAUCUGCUAGAACUUCUCUUAACAAAAAUCCAAUACCUUUCAUUGAAACAAAACAUAACAGGGUCACAUUCUGGGAGUGUACAGAUUGUUGGUAUGAGUGCUACUUUACCGAACCUAUCCCUUUUGGCCAAAUGGCUUGGAGCUGAUCUUUAUCAAACUGACUAUCGGCCUGUGCCACUAGAGGAACAUCUAAAGAUUGGAAGCAAUAUUUACAACAAGAGUCUUUCUGUGAUUCGACAGUUUACACCUGCACUGAGUAUUAAAGGCGAUGAUGACCAUAUUGUAAGCCUCUGUUACGAGACUGUGAGUGAGGGCCAUUCUGUGCUGCUUUUCUGCCCUUCAAAGAAUUGGUGCGAGAAACUUGCAGAUGGCAUUGCGAGGGAAUUUUAUAAUCUUCAACAUAAAAAAACUCAUUGUGAAAGAGAUUCUCAGCCUGUGACCCUGAAUCUAGAGGGCCUGGAGGAAGUAGUUGCACAGCUAAAACGAACUCCCGCUGGCUUGGACCCUAUACUCCAGCGCACUGUCCCUUGGGGAGUUGGCUUCCACCAUGCGGGUCUCACAUUUGAUGAGCGAGAUGUUUUAGAAGGAGCAUUUCGUCAAAGUAUAGUGAGGGUCCUGUGUGCUACUUCUACACUCUCUUCAGGGGUAAAUCUGCCUGCCAGAAGAGUCAUCAUUCGGACCCCUACGUUCAAUGGACGCAUAUUGGACCCUCUCACAUAUAAGCAGAUGGCAGGGCGAGCUGGGAGGAAAGGGGUGGACACUACAGGCGAGAGUGUAUUGGUAUGUAAAGAAGCAGAGCGACAGAAAGGCAUAACACUUCUCAGAGGUGAUCUUCAACCAAUCCGCAGCUGCCUAGUCAAGAGGGAGGGAGAGGGCGUCACCACCAGUAUGCUGCGGGCCAUCCUCGAGAUAGUUGUUGGAGGUGUUGCCAGUAAACCACAGGAUGUCCGCUUGUAUGCCUCAUGUUCGCUUCUGGCUGCUAGCUUGAAAUGUGAGGGGAGACCGACAAAUGAAGAGACCAAUACGGGGGCAAUUGAGGCCUGCGUUGAAUGGCUCAUGGACAAUGAAUUCAUAAGUAUCCAAAAAGAAGAAGAGGAGCGGUACUGUCCGACUCAACUUGGUGCUGCCACCCUAUCUUCAUCUCUCUCACCUCCAGAGGCUUUGAAAAUAUUUGCAGAUCUCCAACGGGCUAUGAAAGGCUUUGUUCUGGAAAACGACUUGCAUAUUUUGUAUUUGAUUACUCCGCUGUAUGCAGAAUGGACUACCAUAGACUGGUAUCAGUUUUUCUGUUUGUGGGAACAACUGUCUUCUUCAAUGAAAAGAGUUGCUGAGUUAGUUGGCAUCCAGGAAGGCUUUCUUGCACGAUCUGUCAGCGGAAAGCUCGUUGCCAAGACAGAGAAGCAGCACAGGCAGAUGGCUAUACAUAAACGGUUUUUCACCACUCUUGUACUUCAUGAUCUUGUGAAUGAGGUUCCUCUGGGAACAGUGGCAUCUAAAUACAAUUGCAAUCGUGGACAGUUACAGUCUCUACAACAGUCUGCUUCUACAUACGCAGGUAUGGUGACAGUUUUCUGCAAGCGUUUGGGUUGGUACAAUUUGGAGUUGCUGCUGUCCCAGUACCAGACCAGACUGAGCUUUGGUGUCCAAAGGGAGCUGGUCGACUUGGUCCGGGUUUCACUAUUAAAUGCAACUAGAGCCAGAGCUCUUUAUGCUCAAGGUCUCUGUACUGUUGCUGAGCUGGCCAGAGCCACUGUAGAGAAUGUGGAGAAAGCACUGAGGAAUGCUGUUCCAUUUAAGAGCUCUAGACGUGCAGUGGACGAGAGUGAGUUUGAGGCAGCAGAGAGGAGAAGUCUGCGGUGUGUCUGGGUGACCGGUGGACGGGCCUUGACUGAACAGGAAGCUGCAGUAGAGAUCAUCUCUGAGGCACAGAUUCUUCUUCAGGAAGACCUGGCACAGUUAGGAAUUCAAUGGGACCCUUCAAUAUGUCCUCCUAUAAUCCCUGAAAACCAAAAGGACAGCAUGGACUCCUCUGAUAGUUCCUCUGAAUCACUAAUUGGCUCAUGUGAAAUAGAUGUAAAGAACGUCACCGAACAACCUAAUGAGGGCGGGGUUGAUAAAAAUACAAAAACACAAGCGGAGGAUGACAAUGGAAACCCAAUUGCAAUAGAAGAAACAAAAAAAGAAAAUGUAGAUGAAAUCAAAACUGAAAUUCACGCCACAUUAAAGACACAACCCGUACCUGAAAGGAGCCUGACACAAGAAUUAUCAGACAUCGUAUCAAGCCCAUCAAUUCAAGCUGUGCCCAAAGUCAUUCAGCCAUCACCAUCUUCACCUAUGCCCCCACCCCGUUUCAGACCGCUGGGAUUCAGAUCUGAACAAAGGGAUUUUGAUGGGACAUCCACAAGUGAUGGAUCCAGAGUUAAUGGACAGUCACCUCCUCGGCCAGGCAGACUUCAGCACUCUAUGGUUCUAAGUAAAGUCCUCAACUCCAUACAAACAAAAGACACGUCACUCAAACAACUGAAUGUGGCAGAGUCUUGUAUGAUUCCAAGUGCUCCUCCAGAUACCAAGCAAGAAAACACAAAUGAAGAAAGGCAAAAUGAAUCACCAGGAUCAGUUCCUCUAUUCUCCCCAGAGGCAAAAAGACGAAGAUUAGCAAGUGAAGAUAAGUUUUCAUCCCCAGAGCUUUAUGCAAGUAAAGAAGAGGUGAAAAGUGGCAAUGAGAGUUUUGGGGACAGCUUUGAGUUGGACACUCAGACAGAAAGAAUCAUGGCACAGCAAAACCACCAAUACAGAACUGAGAAUGACAAAGAGGAGUCUAAAACGGUAGAAGGAGACGAGGUGGAAGAAGAUUCAGAUGAAGUUGAAAAGGGACAAAAUGAAGCCAGAACUGCUACAGACAAAGAAGUAGCCGUAUUUGCUUCUUCUCUCACAGAUAGCCAGAUGGAACUCAUCCUUGACACCAGCAAUCAGAUCUAUCCAGCAAACAAUGUGGCUCAUAAUCAAAUUAAAGGAGGUUUAGUGGAAGAAAUGAACUUGGGAAGAGACUCGUCCACAUCAGACAGUCCUAACAGAAGCAGUAGUUUUAUAUUUGACAGUUUAUAUGAUAGUUCACUUUUGGCGUGCUUGAGCCCAAACAAUGGGGAAAACCAAUCGGAUGAUGAGAAGGCAGAAACAGCUGAACAAGGGUGUCCACUACCAUCAACACAGGACCGAAGGCGCAGUCAGGUCUUGGCGAAUCAGGAAGCAGAGCGGCAAGAAGCUGUCCAAUGGGGUGAAUCGUCUUUCAGUCUUUCUGAAUGGGGAGACUCUUUAUUAGUUGGUGAGCACUUCCUGGAAAGGCAGAGUCAACUUCGUCAAAAGGAAAAGACUAAAGCGCCUAAUGCUGACAAACCAUCUGAUUUGCCACAAAACACAACGGAACAGGAGGACAAAAAUCCACAGAGUACCAAAGGAAACGAGGAAAAACUAGGACAUGUGGUUACCAGACAAAACAACAUGGAGGUUAAGUAUCUGUCAGAACAAAACAACAUGGAAGUAGAUGCAUUGCCUCAACAAUGUCUCCAACAGGAAUCUGAAAAUAUUUUUUUCUGCAGUCCUGGUGUCCAAGAGAUCUUUGACCGUUGGCCUAGUAUGACAGAACAGACUGAGCAGAAAACCUCAACAGGUACUCACACCGUGUACAACUCCAAAAGGACUUCUCAAAAUGCUGCAGUUACAUCCAAGGUCGUCACAGAUAAGAAAGACAAUGCUGUUGACCUGGUUCCUCCUACUCAACCAACAGCGCCAGUCACACCAAGAGUCAAACUGACCACUUCUUCUGUGCAUUCGCCUCUUACUACUCAGCCACUCAAUCAAUCAACUCCCACAAAUUUGCUACCGGUAAAAACAAGAGUCUCGAAAUGUCCCACUUCUCACGCAAAGGCCAUCAGAAAACCUGUAACGGUCAUAAAUCAUCAACAAAAAACUAAAAGUGUCCCCGAGUCUGCUCCUACUUCAAAUGCUGACCCCCAGAGCGAUGCUGCGUUGUCCUCUGUGCAAUCAAAGUCUCCCUCUGACUUGGAAAACUGUGAGAUUGAUGAAGGAUUUAGUUUGCAGUUGUCCCAGGAUGCUAGCCCCACUUCAAGUAACCCCGGGACAUUCUCCAUCAUUGACGUUGCGAGUGACAAGCGUCUAUUCGAUACCUUUAUAAGUGAAUGGAAAACAAAAGGAAGAUAUUCUCUGAGUUUGGCUUGUGAGAAGAGGCCACACCAACUGGAGCAGCUUGAAACAGGGAUAGGAGCAAGGCAUAAGAGAGGUAAAGGAACAGCAGCUCCUCAUAAAUCCAGUCUGGAGAAUGGUUUUCCAAUCAGAAACAGUGAAGGACAUGUGCUUAUGGGGCUGUCGGUCUGUUGGGGGGCAAAAGAUGCUUUCUACAUAUCAUUUCAGAGAGAGCAGGGCCAAGGCCUCAGCUCCAGUUUGGCCCCUCCUGCACUGGAUGAGGCGCUGACAGUCACUGAGAGACUGAAGCAAGUGAAGCUGUGUCUGGAAACGAUAUCAGAUACAUCGAGAAGAAGUACCGCAAUUGUGUAUGACGUCAUUGAGGUGUACAAAACCCUCGUAUUGAGUUGUGGCGUUAGCUUGGAGAUGAACUGUGAAGACCCCAAGGUUGCAUGCUGGCUGCUAGACCCAGGCAGUGAAGAACGAAUUCUACACAAUAUGGUUACAGUCUAUUGCCCCGAAGAGCUCCCUCUGCUUGAAGGACUUGGAAGUGCACAUACGUACUGUCCCCGUGUCAGGGCAGCGACUGAGAGCGUCCUCCUUUAUGCUCUCAUGAACCACUUGACUGGGUUGCUAGAGAAAGGCGGCAUACUAGACUUUUUCACAAGAGUUGAGAUGCCAUCCCAACUUUGUCUCGCUCUGUUGGAAUUAAACGGAGUGGGUUUCAGUGUAGAAGAAUGUGAGAGACAAAAACACGUCAUGCAAGCCAAACUCACAGCUCUUGAGUCGCAGGCAUACAGUCUGGCGGGGCAUAGCUUCUCUUUAACGAGCAUCGAUGACAUAGCACAGGUGUUGUAUUUUGAACUCCAUCUGCCUCCUAAUGGCGACAUUGGGGCCUCAAAAUCCAAGAAGACUCUGGGUUACACCAGGAGAGGGGGCAAAGUGCGACUUGGGAAGCAGUUUAGCACCACCAAGGAUGUUUUGGAGAAACUGCGCCCCCUGCAUCCUUUACCUGGUAUAAUCCUUGAGUGGAGAAGAAUCACUAAUGCUUUGACCAAAGUGGUGUUUCCACUUCAGAGAGAAAAGCGGCACCAUUCUGGGCUGGCUAUGGACAGGAUUUACCCCACAGCACAGACGCACACAGCCACAGGUAGAGUGAGUUUCACUGAGCCCAACAUACAAAAUGUUCCAAAAGAUUUUGAGAUCCACAUGCCCACAGUUGUGGGUGAGAGUCCUCCUUCACAAGAGAAAUGCCACUUAAUCACCAAACCAGGGAAAAAGAGACGCUCUGUUGUAGCUUCUGCAGCAGCCGGUAGUGCAGACAAAGGGCCUGCGUUCUCAGUCAGCAUGAGACAUGCUUUUGUGCCUUUUUCAGGUGGAAUGAUAUUAGCAGCUGAUUAUUCCCAAUUGGAGUUAAGAGUUUUGGCUCAUCUUUCAAAGGAUCACAGACUUAUUCAGGUGCUUAAUGGAGGAGCAGAUGUGUUUCGCUGCAUUGCAGCCGAAUGGAAAAGUGUUGAUCCUGAGAGUGUAAAUGACAACUUGAGACAACAGGCAAAGCAGAUUUGCUAUGGCAUUAUUUAUGGAAUGGGUGCAAAGUCUUUGGGGGAGCAGAUGGGAGUGGAGGAGGAUGACGCAGCAUUCUACAUUGAGAGCUUUAAAUCAAGAUACAAAGGGAUUAAUGCCUUUCUGAAGGAGACUGUGAAGAACUGUGUGAAGAAUGGUUAUGUUCAAACCCUGAUGGGCCGUAGGAGGUACCUGCCUGGAAUCACAAAUGCAAAUGUACACGUCAAAUCACAUGCUGAGAGACAGGCGGUCAACACAACUGUUCAAGGUUCAGCUGCCGACAUUGUCAAACUCGCCACCGUCAAUAUCGAGAAACAACUGAGGAAAACCUACCCUACGGCGCCUUUGUCCCACCAGCACGUCCCCUCAGAAAAAACACAACGCCGGAUUACUACAUCCCAAAGACGAGGUGCUUAUUUUGUCCUACAGCUGCAUGAUGAACUUAUUUAUGAAACUUCAGAAGAAAACCUUAUACAGGUUGCUCACACAGUCAAGAAAGAGAUGGAGUGUGCAGUAAAACUAUAUGUAAAACUUAAGGCUAAAGUCAAAGUGGGACCAAGUUGGGGUAAUUUACAAGAUCUAGAUAUUUAAUAAGUAUGUAUUGUCAUGUAAAUAGGAUAUGAACUUGGAUUUUAAAUUAUAAACGCUAACUAUGAAAUGUACAUAAAUUGAUUGUAACGAGACACUGAUGAAGUGUUAGCUAUUUAUAAA